ACGCGAGCAGCGAGCCAGAGGUGGGAUUAUUUCAGCAAAUGGUAACGCUUUCGUUUGGUCAAGAUUCUGUCACCAGCGCCGCUCGGAUUCAGGACUAGUUAACUCCGAAACACCAGGUGCCAGUGGAGAAUAGAGAGAUGAAGACUUUAUCCCUCCUCUUCCUCGUCCUCCUCCUCCUCGCCUCGGGAGCUUGUGAUGGCGUCAAGUACAUCUCUAAGAGGAACUCAGUGGACGGAUGUAUAGACUGGUCGGUGGAUCUGAAGGAGUACCAUGUUCUGGCUGGUGAGCCUGUUCGGGUGAAAUGUGCCUUGUUCUACAGCUACAUCCGAACCAACUACACCAUGGCCACCAACGCCAAGCUGCGCCUCAUCUGGUACAAGAACAAAGGAGAUGCAGAGGAGCCCAUCAUCUUCUCAGGUCACAGACUGAGUAAAGAAGACGACUCCAUCUGGUUUCGAUCUGCUGAACUGGAAGACAAUGGGUUCUACACCUGUGUACUAAGGAACUCGACAUACUGCAUGAAAGUGUCCAUGUCGAUGACCGUGGAGGAGAGUGACGAGGGUAAAUGCUUCAGCAGCAAAAUCCGACAUUUGGAGAAAGCUGAGAUAACCCAUAGCAAAAUGAUCAACUGUCCUGAUAUAGAAGACUAUUUGGCCCCGUACAAGCAGCCACAGAUGACUUGGUAUAAGGAGUGUGAACGGGUUGAAUGGAGAAGCUCCAUCACUGUUAACACUACACACAUCUGGAUUCCUGAGGUGGAGGAAGGUGACGGGGGAAAUUACACUUGUGAGUUACAAUAUGGAUCCAGACUGGUGCGGCGGACAACACAACUCAAAGUUACAGCUCUCCAGACCACUCAGCCUCCCAAGGUUCUUUUCCCCCCGGAAAGACAAGACACAGUGAUAGAAAUCACGCCUGGUAUGCCUCUCAGUCUGGACUGCAAGGCGUUUUUCGGUUACAGUGGAGAAAACAGACGACCUAUUAUCUACUGGAUGAAAGGAGAAAAGUUUGUUGAAGAACUGGCGGGACACAUUAAAGAAAGUGAAGUCAGGAUUUUGAGGGAGCAUUUAGGGGAGAAGGAGGUGCAGCUAUCCUUAACGUUUGAUGCUGUGGAGGAGGCAGACCUGGCCAACUACACCUGUUAUGUGGAGAACCACAUAGGGAAGCGCAGCGGGAGUGCUAUACUACAGAAGAAAGCUGUUCCUGUUCCUGCCAGUUUGGGAUGCAGAUAA